GUUUUUGUUUUCUGUUAAAUCCGUUGGGUUUGUUUUCGCAUCGCCUAAUCUCCAUCUUUCUGGUGGAUUCAAAUCGUUAGAGAGAGCAAAGGGAUUCAUUCAUUCAUGUUAUUUUUCUUAAUAUUGUGAUGAGCAUACCAUGAUCUCUCGCUAUGCGUUGGCUUCCUCAAAUCUCCUUCUCCUCUCCCUCAUCCUCCCCCUCUUCUUCCUCAUCUUCUUCUUCCCUCAACCUGGAUCGUGAUCGUUUCCACCGUCGUCUCUUUCGUUUCAACCGUGGCAGGCUCACGCGUCAGAGGAAGCUCCGUCACUUGACCGAUGACGAUGUUUUGGUACAACGCCGCCCCGAUUCUUCAACCUCCGUUGACAACGUCGCCUUAAAUCGAUCUCCAAGCGCUUACACGUCUGGUCCUCGCUCCCCUUCCGCCGUUCCCUUGCCCUUACCUCUUCCCUUACCCGAGGGAGGAGGAGGAGAUUCAAGGAAUCGGAUCGGUAGAGGAGGAUUGGAUCGAGAUCCCGGUAGACUUGUUGCUGAUCGCACCUCCUCUGGUCCUCCUCUCACCAGUGGUGCCAAUGCCGUUAGCUGUACAAAUAGUCCGAAUAAUAAUAAUAAUAAUAACAGAAAUGGCGGUUAUUGGGUGAACAUACCAACAAUGAGUGCUCCAACGAGUCCCUACAUGAGUCCCGUCCCUAGCCCUCAAAGGAAGAGUACUGGCCACGAACUACCUUUUUUCCAUUUACCUCCUAAGAGCAAUCAAGCAUGGUCAGCUCCCGAUAUGCCCUUUGACACCUCUGGACUUCCUCCUCCUGCGUUUUACGACUUCACUGCGUUUAGCACAGAUAACUCUCCAAUUAAUAGCCCGCAGCCUCGAAGUCCACGUAGACAGACACCGAGCAGCAGACCGACCUCACCGUUGCACUCGAUGCUGCUAUCGCCUGAGCAAUCGGCUGCUGCUCCGCCACGGGAAAGUGUUUCCUCGCCUUUGCAUCCGAGGAUGUCUACUGAUGUUGUUACCAGUGGACGUAGCUCCAAUGUUCAUCCUUUGCCUCUCCCUCCUGGAGCUGCUUGUCCUUCUCCAUCAGGUGCUUCUUCUCCUGUUCGGUACCCGCAGGGUACUCUCAAACAGGAUUCGUUCCCGAUGAAUUCUCAGUGGAAGAAAGGGAAGCUUAUAGGUCGUGGUACUUUUGGAAGUGUUUAUGUCGCAAGCAACAGUGAAACUGGAGCAUUAUGUGCGAUGAAGGAAGUUGAGUUGUUUCCUGAUGACCCAAAAUCUGCAGAGUGUAUAAAGCAAUUAGAGCAGGAAAUCAAACUUCUCAGUAACCUUCAACAUCCAAACAUUGUGCAGUAUUUUGGUAGUGAGAUAGUAGAUGAUCGUUUCUUUAUAUACCUGGAGUAUGUUCACCCGGGUUCAAUUAACAAAUAUAUCCGAGACCAUGGUGGCGGUACCAUGACAGAGUCUGUUGUUCGCAAUUUUACUCGUCACAUCUUGUCCGGGCUGGCUUAUUUGCACAGCAAAAAGACAGUACAUAGGGAUAUCAAAGGUGCUAAUCUCCUUGUCGAUGCCUCUGGAGUUGUCAAGCUUGCUGACUUCGGCAUGGCUAAACAUCUUACUGGGCAAAGAGCUGAUCUUUCGUUGAAGGGAAGCCCGUACUGGAUGGCACCAGAGCUCAUGCAAGCUGUGAUGCAAAAAGAUAGCAACCCAGAUCUCGCUUUUGCUGUUGAUAUAUGGAGUUUAGGAUGUACAAUCAUUGAGAUGUUCACUGGAAAGCCUCCAUGGAGUGAGUUUGAAGGGGCUGCAGCUAUGUUCAAGGUCAUGAGAGAUAGCCCACCGAUACCUGAAUCGAUGUCACCAGAGGGCAAAGAUUUUCUAAGAUUGUGUUUCCAGAGAAACCCGGCAGAGCGACCAACUGCAUCUAUGUUGCUAGAACACCGGUUCCUAAAGAACUCUGUGCAAUCAACCUCACCACGUAACAGCGAUGUCUCAAAUUGCUCUCAUUUACUUAAUGGGAUGAACAUAAAGGAACCAAACACUAGGAGGGAGAAACCAAAUUUCAAACUAGAUCAAGUUCCGCGCGCUAGAAACGUGACAUCCUCAGAGAGUGAAAGUUGGCAGCAACAACAACAGCAACAGUACCGGUCUCCUGAUCUAACCGGGACAGUGCCCCGUCUGUCCCCUCGAUCCACUCUGGAGGCUAUUCCAAGCCCGUCUCCAUCGCAACGACCUAAGCCAAGCACUGACCGGAGAAGAAUCUGCAUCUCUUCAGAUCAAGUUUGAUCUGCACCGAGGCAACAUAUAAAGAUACUACUACUACGUAAUCUCAUGCACAUGUGUGUAUCAAUGUACGUAGGUACAUUAGAGUUUGGGGGUAGAGUGUAGAAGGGUUGUGUAUGUAACAUUUAAUUCCACUGUGGAAUUGAGAGAAGAGGUUUAUUUCAUAGGAAGAGUUGUGUAUAAACGUCAUUUGGUUUGAGAUCUGAAUUAUUUUUUGGAUUUAGAUCCAUUCUAUUAAAUGUUUAAUCUCUCUC